UCGCGACGCCAUCAGAACACCUGCCGCGCUUGGCCCGAGCUCGCCGCAACCCCCACGAUCUCUUGCGCCGCCAGUUCAAUUUCUCCAUAGCAAUCGAAAGGCGAGAUAGAGACCGAUCCAGCCGCGCGAGGGAGAAGCUCCAGUUCUUACUCGGCUCGCCGCGCGUUGUCGCCUCUUUCUGUUUCUUCCCGAUUUCGUCGUCAGUGAAAAAUGUUUUCCAAGUCAAUUUCAACGUCGAUUCUUCUGAUCAUCAUCAUCACCGUCGUCGGCGCAACAUUUCACGUUGCGAAAGCAGCGAUCGGCAAUGAUCAUCGCCAACAACAGAUAACGAAUGAAGCAGUUGCCAAUAUCUUGGCUUAUGAAGCGGGAGGGAAGACUUCAUUCGAGGUACCGCGUGAACAUUAUCGACCGAUUACAGACUGUAUGUUUGUUACCUCAGAAAGCGGACCGUUCUCUUAUAUAUCGCCAACCGAUGAUGACACCGUUUGUGGAAUAUAUUUUUUAACUGAUCCCGAUCGCGUAGUGGAAAUACAUUUCUAUAGCUUCGACGUUCCCUGUGAUCAUCGUGGACUUCUGGCAGUAAUCGACGGCUGGGAAUUGAACGGCGAAAUAUUUCCGAGCGAGAGCGAUCAUUCAUUAUCGAUGAAGGAGAGAACGAACGAGUUCUGCGGUAAGAACAGAUGGUACAGGAGGACUUUUACGAGUUCGCAGAACGCUGCACUUCUCCAAUAUAGAGUACCUCUACGCGGAAAGGGCUUUGUCGUGUCCGCGAAAUAUCCAAAAAAUCCAAGACCUUGUAACGUCUUGUCGGUCAGCACGACGGAUCCAUUCACGCUUCGUAAUUAUGGCAGACGAAUUAAUUGCACCCUCGUAGCAGUAUAUCCCGGUGCCGUACGAAUAAUUGCUCUCGGAAUCGGCGGCAGCAGCUCGCAUGGUAUCGUUCGCACAACCGAAACCGGCACUUUACGCAAAUGCGAUGCAAGGAGUCCGCGGGAUAAAGUGCAGAUCGGAGGUAGCCGCGGUCUCGAUACGACGAAACUCGACAUAAUUGACUCCAUUUGCGGCAUUGAUUCCAAACCCGAUGUAAAGGAGCUCGUAGCGUAUGAAAUAACAGCGGUACGUCUAUUAUCAAGCGGCUACUAUGAUAACUCGGUGACGGUGGCAAUAAGUCCAAUUGUAGACGACAGUCUAUUGGAUUCCGCUUCCGGUCUUUAAGACGACUGCUUCGAACAGUCUCGUCAUCGUCCGCCGCACUCGCUAUACGCAUCUAUUCUCGACGUUUAUCUUCGAACAUGCGGACGCAAUGCCCAACAUCGGGUUGUGUAAAACAUAUUAGCGUAUCCCUCCGAUAGUUUGCAGAUUAUUUAUGUAUUUGUGUUACAUAUGCUAAGACAGCAUAGAAUAUCGCAUAUAUAGUAUAACAGUAUAUGUGAGUGAAAGAAGAUGAAUUUUAUCAAAGACUGAUUAUUAUUUUCUAAUUCUUCUCUUCUCGUAUUCUUCUACUUCAUCAAUUAUUAUUCCAUUUCGUACGUGAUAUUUUCUCGUAAUAAUUACUUUAUGACAAAAUUAAUAUAGUAGAUAAUUUAUUUUAUUGCUAUAUAUUUAUAAUGAAUUCAUAAUUAUCAUUAAGUAUUAAUUUUUAAACAAUAAUUUAAUAUAAUAGUAUUAUUAAAUUAAAGGUGCUCUAUCCGCACAUGCAAUUCUUUUUAUAGAGAUACAGAUAUUCAGUACAUUUUAUUUUAUAUUAAAUCAUAAAAUGUUUUUAAAA